AAACAGCGUCUGUAGCAGACAACUUACGGUAUUGCACCUCUGUGACAGCUAUUUUGUUUUAAAUAUCAUUGUUAUAUGGAAAGCGGAAAAUUUUAAAAUUAAUAAGGUUUUUGACGAAAGUCCUUAUAAGUUAUUAUCCAACCUAUCAAGUCCUUUAACUCUUUAAGGAAAUUUGAGGAUGGAAUGUUCUUCUGGACCCAUAAUCAUUCGAUUGUUUUCUAAGGAUUCUGCCACAUUAAAUUCGAUAAUGAGGCAAGACACAAAUUUCUCUGACAUUAAUGACAAACUUCGUGCUGAAGAAUACAAAAAAGAAAAGGAGGGAAAUUGUCGAGUAGGAAUUUUUCAGGAGUGUAAACCUAGCGUGAAGAAAAAAGACCCUGACUGGAAUGCAACUAUUGCAAAAAGAAAGUUUUUGAAUGCUUGGAAGAGCCUCUUUCCAUUUUUAGACUAUAAUUUUCGAAAAAAAGUAAUGUUUUGUAAAAUUUGUCACCAGUACAGUACCUCUAAACAAAAAAAGUUACCAUUUGUACGUGGAACAAAGAACUUUAAAUUGUCAACCGUUAAAUUCCACCAAACCUCCAGUCUUCAUUCGAAGUGCCUUAAGCUUGCUGCUCAGAAAAUAAAUGGCGUUAAUUCUUUUGAACAUGACAUGCAGAAAAAAAGGGUUGUUAGCAUUUUCAAACUGGUUUAUUUUAUGGUCAAGUCCAAAAGUUCAUUCACUAGUUUCCCUCAAUUGUGCGCGGAUCAGAAAAAACUGAAUUUGGAUCUAGGACAUGCGUAUACCACCCAUCAUAAAGUGGUAACCAGUUUUUCAAAAUUCAUAGCUUCCAAUAUAGAAAAAGAUAUUUCGGAAAAGAUUAAAAAUAUCAGAAUGUUUUCGUUGGUGUUAGAUAGGUCUUUUUCAAGAGGAACUGAAAGUCAUGAAAUGGUGUACUUGAAAUAUGUUGAUGGUGCUAGCGUGAAAACAAUAUUCCUUGGAGUCGUCCAAUCAAAAGGCGUAGAUGCUAAAGAUAUGUUCGAAAACUUAAGUAAACUUUUCGAAAGAUUUGGACUGAAGCAAUGGACACAAAUGCUGGUGUUCAUCAUGGUGGACUUUUCCAAAACGCGUUCAUGGAUAGAUGGAUUAGUUGCACUCAUUAAGGACAACUCGUCACAUAUAUUUGUAGGCAUGAUACCUCUUUUAUCUCACAAAAUUCAUCACUUCCAUAGAAUUUCGAAAAUCUUUUCAUCAAAAAAUGAAUUAUUAGAAACAAUAUCUAGCAUUUAUCAAUAUUAUUACUCACUUCAGGUUGAAAAUAGAACAUUAACUAAUCUAGACAAAGAGCUUGACUCGAUCAUAGAAGACUAUGGUGAAUUACCUAAAAAACCGUCUAUGGUACCCAUUAAUCUAAAUACUCUUGAAGCUGUUGAUAAAGAUUGGUGCUUGUUAGUUGAACAUUUAAGGCAGAAAGAUGUCAACCUUGAAUCCAAACACGGUAAAGAUAGACGAAACAUUUUGUCUUCUAUAACAAAAUUAAGCUUCAUACUAAACUUGGGUCUAUAUUUAGAUGUAUUUAGAAGUGUAUCUAAUUUUGGAAAAACUUUAGAAGAUGAUUGCUUUUUGCCUUACAAUUUCAGCACCAGCCUUGGAAAUUUUAGUGAUAAUUUAAAAAGUGCUUGCAACGGAAAAGAAAAUGUUUUUCAGCAAUAUUUGUCAGAUUUAAAUUUAGCUUGUUCAACUUUUAGAAACAUAUUUAUCAAUUUAGACCGAAAUAAAGAUUUUGUUUGUAAAGAUGCGCAGAAGCAAUUUCAGCCUUUAAUUCAUUAUUUUAAUGAUAAAGUUUUGGACAGAGUAGCGUAUCUAAAUUGUACGAAAAUCUUAGAUUUCGAAAGCUUGAGAACUCAGAAAAAUAUGGAAAACUCACUUUCCGAGUUCAGCAAUUGUUUUUUGCAUUUUCAGAACAAAGCUGAGAGUCUACAAUUGGCAUUAAGAGAAUGGAAUGACUUUAGCAGCAGGAUUACUCCUAUUUUUGCUUCUGAAAACACUUCGCAUAUACGAACGUUUUUAUUGCAGGCGAUACACAAAUAUCAUGAUGAUUUUCCAAUUGUAACUGACAUUUUAAAGAAGACUGUGCUAUUGGAUUUUCAUUCUGAAAUUAUGCGACGAGGUUAUAAAGAAAUGAAUUUAAUUAAAUCAGUUGAGCGCAGUUCACUUUCUGUGAAUUCCUUACAAGCUUCAAUGAUGAUAGUCAUGCAUGGACCACCAUUUUCUGAA